AGGGUCCAGUAAAGCACAGCUGACAGAGUUACAGUACUUUAGAAUUCAGUAAGAAUGCAAGUGGGCUUUUAUCUACUGCUGUUGCUCCAUUUUGGUGAAGGAUGCAUACUGCAAGACCAAGGGAAGACAAUAAUGGUUACUGCAGAUAUAAGCAGCUCAGUACUGCUGUCCUGCUACUGCUCUGACCUACAAACCACACCUGAUGCCUUCAUCUGGAGGAAACACAAAACAAACUGGGAAGACAUAGACUUUGAGAGUGAUCAGUACAGAAACAGAGUUCAGAUGUUUGAUAAUCUCUCUCCAGCUAAUCUCUCUCUACUCAUAUCACACCUGACUGAAGAGGAUACAGGAGAUUAUGAGUGCAAUGCUAAAGGGAGACAAAACAUCUACUUCAGACUGACCAUUAAAGGGUCAGGUAGCAUAGAACGCCCACUACUUGGCAACCCUAUUGUAAUCUUAUUUGCUGCUGUGGGGGUUUUAGCGCUGGUAAUGGUUCUAGGAGGAAUCAUCUGCUGUAGAUACAGAGCUCGGAGGCGAGGGCAGAUGAAAACGUGUGAGAGAAAAGAAAGGAGAAAUCAGGAAUCAAAGGAUGAUGUGACAUACUCUACCAUAGUCCACAUUAAAAGUUUAACACCAACAUCCCCAGUGAUGAACACCAGAUAUGAAUAUUCGUCAGAAUAUGCCUGCAUCAAGCUAAAUUAGCAUACAGACAUGCAUGAUUAUGUCAAAUGUUUUUGUAUUUUUUUAAGGUUCUCAGUAAUUGCUUAGCUUACAGUUAUAUGUAAAUGUAUUGUUCUUUUGCAUACAGUAUUCAUCUUUUAAAAAGUACAUUUAACUGUUUUAUUCAUUUAGCAUUUGUGAAUUUGCAUUUAUUCUGUCUGUCUGGCUUUACAAUAUUUAUAAUAUUUCUUUUGCCAGUAAAUUUCAACUUCUGCUCAGGAUAUUAUGGUUUCUGUAUGAAUGUAAGAUCUUCUUGUUUAAAAAGGAACACAGUAUGUUAUUGUGAGUUAUUAUAAACAGGUGUUACAGUAGAAUGAAUACUCAAAUACUGGAUUAAUGCUGGCUGUGCUAGAUAUUGUGUACUGUAUUCAUUAUAUUUGGACAUAU